CCAGCACCAUUCAACAACAGUCCCUGCCUGCCUCUUUGUCCAGCGCUGAUCAUCUGCUGUUGUCUUGAACACCACUGACCAGCUACAAGCAUCUCUGAACCAUGAAGCCCUUCAGCCUCUUCCUCCUCCUCUUCCUCCUCUUCCUCCUCAAAGGUCUGGGUUCCAGGGCAGCUCCCUCAGCCUCUCUGCCUGUGGGCUCCCACCUCCAGGAGACAGCCCAGCCCUCUGGGAUGCCCAGUGGUGCUGUAGAAAAUUCUACUAGAGAGGAGCCUACCCCAGGGUACCCUGCACCCACCCCCCUGGAGCCAUCCAAGACCCCACCCUCGGAUUCCCCUCACAUCUCCAUACAAAACCUAAGUGAGACCCCCAGCCUCAACCUCUCAUAUUCUCCAGAGACUCCCAUGCCUGACCAGCUCACAACCUCAGGAACAGAAUCCCAAGAUGCUUCACAAAUGAGUCCCUCCAAAGCAACACUCCCGAAAUCCUCUGAGACCCCCAAACCUGACCUGACUAGAAUUUCCCAGUCUGGAGCUCCUGAAACCUCUCAACCUAAUCCUUCUAACUCUUCUCUCCCAGACUCUCCUGAGCCUGUACACACUGACCCUACACCAACUAUACACUAUGAAUCCCCUGAACUCCCCAAAGGUGACACCCCCAAACUCUCACCCGGUGAAGGGCCUAAGAUACCAAGUCCUGGCCCCACCCAACUCCUCAGCUCCAAACCCCUAGAGACCUAUGAUCCUGGUACCACCAGAAAACUAAAUUCUGUAUCACUACCAACCAGCCACCCUGACCCCACAGAAACUCCACAGUCAGCAUUUCUCAUCGCCCACAACUCCAACCCCACUGACAUCCCACAAACACAACUCCCCACGACCCCCAACCAAAAUGCAACAGAGAGAGCUAUGACUUCUGACUUGGAAAUCCCCACUAGUCUCCCCACCCAACCAACAACAACCUUGAGAGAGAACGCCUCCACUCCUGCUGAGCCAGGCUUGAGCCCCAGCUCAGAAGCCCCUACAGCCACCCAAGCUGCCACCGCUGGCCUGUCCACCUCAGGUUUCCUUGGGACCAAAGACUUGAAUGUACCCCAGAACUCAGGUCCUAAAGGGCCAGAUAUCCCUCCUCCCUCAGCACGGAUGGCAGGGCCCCCUGCUCCUCCAGAGCACCCCAAUCAGAUAGCCCCUGCCGUGCCUCAGGCCCCUCAGAGACACAGCCGAGGAGAGACAGUCAAUACUAUCAUCGUGGUGGAACGAGUGAAGGAGACUGGGGUAGCCCUGGUCAGCCGCCCAAGAGGCUCCAUCGGUGGGGCUCUGUGCCUGUUCUUCGCGGGGACGGGGAUGCUGAUUGGCAUCUUCCUCCUGAUGUGGUGCCUGUACCGCCGGGCCUCCAGACACAGGUCCUUUGCACACCACCGGCUCCGGGACAGCGGAGAUGAACCAGUCUCGCACCUGGACGCCCCGAAGGAGCCGCUGGACCUCUACUUCUACGCCCCCGAUGCGUGGGUGCCCUCGCACAUCGCCACGCAGCAGCCGCCUCCCACGCCCCCACUGCCGCCCAAGCUGCCCCCUCCGCCCCGCGGGCCGCAGCGCCUGGAAGCCCUGUCGCCCGCCGCGCUGUCCCCCAACUUUGUCUGACCCAGCUUCACCGCCUAGAGGGACCCCAGAGGCCCGCAGGUUUCCCAAUAAACGGGC